AGAUAUCCUGUGUGUGUAAAAGCGAGACCAACGUGUGCCACACAGGGGGGGUAUCUACUGGGGCUUGACUGUUACUCCUCUUCAGAUGAAGAAGACAAUCCAGGAUAACCCAAGUCAAUAAUGUCACAGUGUUCAUUGUGGAUGGUGGGGGGCAUCCUAGCCCACAUGGCGCUCCUCCAAAGCUGAUACCCUGCUGGUCCUUCCCUCAAGCUCAUGAAACAGUGAGGAGACCUGCGAGAAGUCGUGGCUGUAUGGGGGUCAGCUCCAGACUGGUCUGGGUGGUACUACUGUUGUUUGCACUGGUGUUUGCAAGCCUGGGGCUAGGAGUUGUGUGGACCGUGAACUUGCAAAAACAGUUGAAAGACAUGAAAAAGAUGGUCCAAGGGCUGAACAGAAGCACAGAGAACAUGAUCAAUGCACCACAGAUGCAAAUAGGCUUGAAUGAGCCUCCACUGAAAGAAGAUAAAAAAGUGGAUGAAGAGAGACCAGCAGCUCAUGUUAUUUGGGAUCAUAAAAACGGUGCCAUCCAAAAGACAUUAAGAUGGGAUCCAAAUGUGGGCCGGGCGUUCACCACUGGAGGAGUGUCCUACAGAGAGGAGGAUAGUGCUCUGCAGGUGAAUCAAACAGGACUGUAUUACAUUUACUCCAGAGUGGAGCUUCUCUUCGGAACCUGCUUCUCCACAUUCUUCUUUGAGCACACUGUGUUUGUGAGGAGAUCCAGCCGCAAUUCACCUUUGACCCUAAUGAAGGCCCACAGAAAGGGUUUCUGCCCCUCAAAACAGGGGGCUUGGAACACUGACAGCUUCCUUGGCUCUGCUUUACAGCUGCAAAAGGAUGACAGAGUAUUAGUGAAUGUGUCAGACCCACAUUUACUUAGUCAUGAACAUUAUACCAACUUCUUUGGACUCUACAAGAUCUGAUGGUCAGCUUCAAGAGUGAUCAUUUAAUUAAUUAAUGACUUUAGGAUGGACAGAUUUCUGUGAAAUAAAGGAGAGUAGAGUCUGGAGAAAAUUAAUAUAUAUGUUGUAUACAUUUAAAAAUGGAAAUUGAGAGUUAGAUUUGUUUGUAAACACUAAUAAUAUUGUAGCAUAUUAUAUUUAUUUUGCAAAUGUUUCUGUGCUAUAAUCUUAUUUAAAACUUCUUUAGCCGUCCCUCGUUUUAUUUCAUGUUCUGUUGUUUUUGUUACAUCUAGAGUUGUCACAAAAUGAAAUGUGUUACAAAACAAAUCUGUAAAUGCCAAAAACGUUUGGCUUUUAUUAUUUACAGCUUCCACAGUUGCACAUCUUAAUCAGCACAUUUUUGUAGAUUAGGGGUUUCAAGAUUGGUGUGCAACCCACAUGAAUACUGACUGUUCCUGUGUAGCGCUGCUCUUCUCGUCACCUCAGGUGCAGCUGGGCAUGGAGCCACAGAGCCACACGGAGCCGCAGGGAGCCACAGAGCCACACAGAGGGCCCCGAGCUCUGGCUAUGACGUGCUCUUCCUUCCUGUGUGAACAUUCAGGGGUCCUGGAAAGCAACGUUCUCUUUCAACUUCACUUUUGAUCUGAAGAAAGGUCCUGCAAAUGCACAGAAGGACUGGCAAUCAGAAUGAAUAAAUUAGGAUUUAUAUAUUUUUUAACCCUUGUAACAGUUUUCAUUGUUUUUCAUAAUUUUUCAUAUUCAAGAUAUGAUUUUUGUUAUAAACCUUUUUCAGAUUUGCUAUGCCAGUGUAGGCUUACUGUUUGUGGGUCACCAAUUGCCUUUUAAGUCCAGAAUGAUAUCUCUGUGUUUUGUAUACAGUAAAGUAAUGGAGAAGUCUGUAUUAUGGAUCUCAGGUAAGGGCACCAACAGUAUUGGGAACGCAUUUACACCACUCCUUUGGACUCUUUUUGAUUAUUAUUCAGACUUAUUCAAACUUUUUUGUUGGCCUAAAUGUGUUUACAGAGGCUCCCUUCCACCAAACAACAUCAUAUAUCAGGGAAAUAAAAGUCAUGAUUUCUUGUUAAUUAAGUCUGCAGCUCCUCCACAACCCCUCAAUAAGAAUUUGAACUUUAACCUAAAACAUUUAAAAAAUGUAUUAAGUUAGUUGUAAAAGGCAUCUAGCAUCUAGUGGAGUUAUUUGA